AUGCCCAACCGCUUUCAGGUCGCGUAUAUAGCGUCGUUCACUGCUACAUUCUUCUCUCUCGUUGCUCUCUCACAUUUUGUGAACUCCAAGCUCAAGGAAGCCGGUUAUAACAUCUCUCAUUUGAUCUUAAUCGGUCUUCCGAAGCGGAGAGACCACACAGAGCACGGCGAGGUCGCGUCACUGCAUCCUGUUCCAACACAAAACAUGUCUGUGGCAUUGGGUAGCACAUACAGCCAGUUAUUGGCUCUCGCGCUGGCUGUAGUGACGAGUGCGUUCAUUUAUGUCAAAUUUGGGAAGUCUAAGCGAAAGCCCGUGCUCGACCCACAGGUCUGGCAGGAAUUCUCUCUCAAAGAGAAGAUUAGUAUUUCUCCAAACACUGCAAUCUAUCGUUUUGGUCUUCCUCAACCGGAUGAUAUUCUCGGGCUUCCAAUUGGGCAACAUAUAUCUGUCUCCGCGGAGAUUAAUGGGAAAGACGUCAUGCGAAGCUACACUCCUACUAGCAGUGACGAUGACCGAGGUCACUUUGAUUUGCUCAUAAAGAGUUACGAAAAGGGCAACAUCUCACGUUAUGUGUCGCUCCUUAAACUUGGAGACAAGAUCCGCGUCAAAGGACCCAAAGGCCAGUUCACAUACAGGUCGUCUCAAUGGCGCGUCCUUGGCAUGAUUGCGGGUGGUACCGGCAUCACGCCUAUGCUUCAGAUUAUUCGCGCUGCGCUCAAGAAUCCCAAUGAUACCACCCGUGUAAACCUCAUCUACGCCAACGUCAACUUUGAAGACAUCCUUUUGAAGAAGGAGUUAGAUGAGCUCGCCGAGAAACAUAAGGACCGGUUCAAGGUAUACUAUGUUCUCAAUAACCCUCCAGAUAACUGGGCUGGUGGCGUUGGAUUUGUCUCUAAAGCACAAAUUGAGACCCAUAUGCCAGCGCCUAGCUCUCUGAAUGAUAUCAAGGUCUUGCUGUGUGGACCUCCGCCUAUGAUUGGUGCUAUGAAGAAACAUCUGGACGAGCUAAAGUACCCGGCUCCCCGUACAGUUAGCAAGCUAGACGACCAGCAACAAUACAACCUCAAGGAUGUCCCAGCCCUCCUCCACGUCUUCGGUCUAUCAGUAUGGUCCGCUGUACCUGAGCUCGCGGUCGAAGAACUUGAAUAUCCCGAAGGGUCGGUCGAAAAGAAGACCGUGAAUCUUGUAGAGGGCGAGAACUUCACUCCCGAGUUUUUGCAGAUUAAUCCAAAAGGCACUCUGCCUGUACUACAGGCUGAUGGGCAGGUCUUCACGGACACGACAUCUGUCACUCGCUAUCUUGUCCAAAAUGCUCCUAAAAAGGUCGCCCCGGGUACUGCGUUCAUUGCAAAGGUCCACGAGGACAAAUAUGACCCCAACUUCCCUUUGCUGCUCACGCGUGACGAAAACGAGCUGAAAACGGCUGCAUCCGGUUUCCCCCUCACUUUUGUUCAAAAUCGUCAGAACGCACUGGUGAAGCACUCCAAAACUCAUCAGGCGGCUCCCUUCAAACAAUUUUACGACGACAAGAUUGCAGGCAACGGCGGUGUUCUUUCCAUCUACAAAGGCGAAGCCCCUGACGAUGCCAAGACGGCAUUUAUGAAGCAAUCCCAAGUUCACUGGGAGACUAUUGCCAGCUUCUAUCAAAAUGAGCUGCCGUCAGUCUUACCUGAAAGCGGUUUCCUCGGCGGAGCUACACCAGGAGAAGAUGACUUCCACUUGGCUGCUUGGCUGGCACGUAUUGCCCAUGUCCAGGGCGGAAAUGUUGGCAAAGAUGGGUACAAGGUCAUCGAGAAAGAAACUAAGCAGCCGACGCCGCCCAAGGUAGCGGCGUACUGGGCUGCAUGGAGCGAGAGGCCGAGCUGGAAGAAAGUCUAUGCGAGCGGGUUGCACUGA